AUGAAAGAUCUUAAGUGCAUCUCUCUAAUAUUGAUCUCUCUAGGAUUAAUGGGGGAAUCUAUCGCCCUCAAUUCUUACAAAUAGUAUAUUGAGUUCUUUAACGCAAAUUAAACAUUUGAAGAGACUGAUAUAUUUGACUAGUUUAUUGCAGGAUCAAUGGCUAAUUACUUGAACUACUCAAGUACUAUCGAAUUAUCGGACAUGCUAUAAAGAGAAUUUCCAAGUAUACUUAAUAUUUCGACUAUCGGAUAAACCUUUCUGGGAAAUGAACAAAGGUUGAUUAUACUUACAGAUAACAGUAGUGAUUCGAUUUCAUCUGACAAAAAGAAAAAUAGAAACCCAGGAACUUCGAACACAAAAUGCCCAGAUGAUUUAUAAGUUGGUGUUGAUCUAAAUAGAAACUAUGCCUACAAGUUCUCUUAUAAAGAUAGUGGUUCAUCAUCAAAUCCAUGUGCGGAGGACUAUAGAGGACCAUCUGCAUUUUCAGAGCCCGAGACUAAAAACAUUCAGAAUUUCUUAUAGCAGCAAGAUGGAAAGAUAAUGAUAGCGCUUAAUCUUCAUUCUUGGGGAAAUCUUCUAAUUCAGCCCUUCAACUAUGAUCUUGACACUCAUAAUCUUGAUUUAGAGCAAAACUAUCCAACUUUUGCUAAAAUGUAUCAUGAUUUCAAUAAUGACUCAAGUCUACCCAAGGGAAUGCUUAAAGGAAAUGCAAUGUAAUCUAUAUUUUAUGAUGCAAACGGUGAAGCUUCAGAUUGGAUGCUUUAGCAACAUAAAAUUUUUGCCCUUUCACCAGAGCUCGGAAUCGAAGAUAAGCGAUCUGAUGUGUUCUUCAUCAAGGAUAUUAAAAUUCUACAUGAAGUUAUGAGAUAGAAUUAGAAAUGGAUGAUUGAGUUGUUUAAAAAGACUUUUAGUCAUUUGAAAAUUGACCUUACUAAUGGUGAUUAUUUAAGAGCCUAAAAUAAUGAUGAUAAGGUGAAUGAAGUAGGAGCUAUAUUUAGAAUUGGAAAUAGAGGUUUUAGAAAUCUAUAGCAGUAAACAAUUGAGCUAGAGAUAAAUUAAAGCGUCCUAAAUGACAUUUAAAAGGUACAAAUAUUUGAGAGAUAAGGCUCUAGAGAAGUUGAAAUUCUAACAGUUUCGGACUAUUAAGAUCAGUAGAAAAUUUCUUUCCAAAUCAAUAAUCUAGGCUCUUUUGAAGAGAAAUUCAUAUCUAUAAAAGUGACAACUCUGGAUUGCAGUAAAGAAAACUGCAUUCAUUAGGAUUUAAAAAUCAAUGGAGAUUUAUUUGCUAAGUUUUACUAUCAAGAGUCAACUAUUGAAGCUGAGUAGAGAAUAUUAUCUGUAUACUUGAGCUAGCUAGAUGAAAUUUAAAUCAGUAGUUGGAAAUAGAAUUGGUUCGUUUAAAACAAGCUGCUAUGUGAUUCAUUGGUACAAAACAAAGUACAUGACAUUUAAACUUUCAGAAAAAUAUAAAGGAGAAGCUGCCAGUUUUACCCCUGA